AUGAAAAGACAUUCUACAUCAUCCAGUUCAGAGAGACCUUCAAAAGGCGCAAAGCUAAAUGAAUGUACAGUAGCAUCAGCUCAAGAAGCGGAUUAUUCCAGCACAGUAAAUCAAGAAGGUGCCUCUUCUUCCUCGAGUGAACCAGAGCCAUCGAAAAAAGUACAACAAAAGAUUGAUAAGAAGUCAAGUGCCCCUCUUUGUGGGUUAACGGCACACGCACGAUCAACGAGCAACCAGUGCCCAGACAAGAAAGCGAUAAUGCCUGUAUGCAACUCUGAUGAAAGGGUUGAAAACUUUCAUAUCAAGGAUCUAGCAGAUUAUACCACCAAAGUUUUGUUUAUGGGACCCCUUUUUGCCAACUUUAUCUUCAUCAAACUGCUCGAUGAUGGCCAGGCUAUUCCAAUUAUUGAACAAAGUUUAUUCACAAAUAUAUUUGCGGGAAGAAAACCGAAUGACUUGACCGAUUUUUACUAUCAAUUGUUCAAUUUUACAAAAUUGGGAUUUCGUACUAGAGACAAUCUUCCGAGCGGGAAGAAGUUUAGAAACGUUAUAACGACAGAAGAUCAUUCAGUAUCUUUUCUUUUUACCCGAACUGUCAAGAGAUCUUUGGCAACAACUAAAAAUCCCUCAGAUUUUAUUGAUGACAUCCGAAAUGGCUGUGAUGUUUGGGGAAUAGACCCAGGUGUUUCUACAAUCUUAACCUCUGUAGAUACAUCUGGAAGGCAAAGUACAACAAGUUUGGAUGAAUAUUAUCAUCUGUGCGGCUAUAAUAAUGCAAAUUUUAUACGAAAGAAGCAUCAAGAACAACACACGGCUCAGUUUUUGAAAAUUUCUAAUUUAAGCUCACUGAAGACAUCAAAUGUCACAGAGUUUGCAAAAGCCUGCAAGACAGGCUCAGUUUGUAUGAUGAUAUUACAAGAUACUCAAGCAAAAUUUUGUAGGUCAUCAAAAUUGAAGUUUCAAUGCUAUAUUCGUAAACAAAAAGGGGUGCAUGAAAUCUGCAAACGGCUAAUGCACGGAAGUAUGAAGUAUAACAAGAAGACGUCUACUGGGGCCAAGACACCGUCUGCUGAAAAUGAAAGCAAAUAUUGCCCUCCUGCUCCUCUUGAUCAUCCUGACAAGCCCAGAAAAACAAUAAUUACUUUUGGCGAUGACAUGUUUAACAGCAGCCUGAGAGGAAACAGAGGGGCAUCUGUCCGCCUUAUAAAAAAGGCUUUGCAAAAAUAUUGCGGGAACCAAUUAGAAAUAUGUAUGGUAGAUGAAUAUUUGACAAGCCAAAUAUGCAACAGAUGUAAAAAUAGAAAUAUGGACAAUAUUGUAACUGAGAAGUCAAAACGAAGAGUACAUAAGAUAUUGAAGUGUAAACAAAACACUUGCAACAUUGUAUGGAGUCGUGAUAUCAUGGCUGCACACAAUAUCUUGGACAUGUUUCUAUUCGCUGCAAGAAACAAUAAUCAGCGUUUUGAUGUUUUCACGCGUCAAGGUGCAUCUAAUGACCAACCUUCCGCCCUUGUAACGGUGAACAUGCUGUCAUCUGUUGGCGUGAAUCCUUCCGGUUUCUCUAAGCUUCUUUGCACCAGGUUUUACGCUCACAUCGUUCGACCGCAGCUUGAGUAUGACCUAGUUAUCAAUCGCUUCACGAUCUCUCAGCUUUACGCUCUAGAGGAAGCCCAGAAUAAUUGCAUCAAGAAAAUCUACGGUGCUCGAGGCAAAGCAUCCAUUAAGAUUAUGCUCUACAUGCCCAAGUUACCCAUCGUGUCUGAACGAGUCAGUAUACUACAGGCACAGUUCCUCUUUCGUUCCUUAGAUUUACCAGAAGAUGCACUGCUUGUUUGUCUGUUACCUUAUAUCUGCAAUACCAGAGGAAGCCAGUGGUACGCUCUCUCUCAUACAUCGCUUUGA